AUCAGUAAUUUGAGGUUACUUUUGGGCUGCAUUGCUUUUUUUUUAAAGAGAAUGAGUAGUGAACUUCACUUUUUUCAGUGACUGCUGUAUGCAGAACCCCCUACUAAUCUCAGUGGAUGUAUGUAGGAUAAGUGGUGCACAACCUAACAAAACUUACUCUUUACAGCAUAAAAUACAGGAAUGCUUAUACUUUAUGAAAAUUGACUAUGUAUCUAUUCUGGUGAUGCAGAAAUGAAGUUAAUCUGAAUUAAAAAUUGGAAAUAAAUGAGUUUUGAUAGAAAUCUUGAAGAACACAAUCAAACGUGGACUGGUGUUCAAAAAUGGCAUUCACAUAUUUUAAAAAUACAUUGUUCAUGGGUUUAUAGGGAAGCCUCUGAAAAUUAUAAACCAGAAGCGUGCAGAUGUUAAUCCGUCUGUGGGAGCGUGCUGAGAACACCAUCCUUCCCUCUGGGCAUCCUGUUUCCUCUACCUAGAAUAUUUUUUAUCUCUUCUUUAAUAAUUCCUGCUUGCCUUUAAGAUUAGCUUAAGUCUCAUCUCCUAUUGUGUCUCCAUAGUUUCCUAUGACUACCAUGACAAAUUACCACAAACUUGUUGAAUUAAAACAGCACAGCUCUAUUGUCUUAUGGUUUUGGAGGUCAGACGUCAAGUGUGGGUCUCACUGAGCUAAAACUGAGGUGUCAGUAUGGCUGCAUCUUCUGGAAGGUCUUGGGAAGAGCCCAUUUUCUAGCCUUUUCCAGCUUCCAGAAGCCACUUACAUCCUUGGUCAAGACCCCUCCCUCCAUCUUCAAGGCCAAAAGUGUAGCAUCUUUCUUCCUCUCUGACCUCUGCUCCUAUCCUUCCAUCUUCUCUCUCUGACCCUACCUCUGUUGGCUCCCUCUCAUAAGGAUCCUCAUGUUUACAUUGGGCCCAUUAAGAUAAUCCAGGAUGAUCUCCCCAUAUCACUACUCUUAACUUAAUCAUAUCUGCAAAAUCCCUCUUGUCAUGUAAGGAAACAUAAUCACAAAUCCCAGGGAUUGGGGUGUUGACAUCUUGGGGCAGGUGAGGGGGCAGGGGGAGCAUAAGGCAGUAUUAUUCAGCCUACUAUGCCUCCUCUUGAAAGUUAUUGAGUUCAAUUUUUGAGUUUUAGAAUUAGUUUAUCUUUCUCUGGACCCACAGCCAUCUAUCUCUAAUAUGGGAAAUUUUAGAACUACUUUGAAAUUUGGGGUUACUGUUUCUACCUUAACUGUUAUUUCUUGAUGUGAAAACUGUAUUUCAUCUGUGCAGUCAUACUGAUCUAAAUUUGGACCUAGGCCUCCUCCCUUAGUUUCCUCCUGUGUGAAGGAGAAGUGUAUUACAAGGUAGGUAAGAGAACAAAUGUGAGAGCAAGAUUCCUCAUCCCAAACCUCUGUCCUAGCACCUAAUUGUAUGAAGCAGCACCAAUUUUUCAGUUUUCUUAUCUAUAACAUGGAAAUGAUUACAACAUUUAACACAUUCACUUCUUGUGAGCAUUAAUGAAUGGACACAUGAAAAUUACUUAGAACAGUGAUUGCUCUAAAAGUACUUAGAGCAUAGUAUUCACUCAAAACUGUUAGUUGUUAUUAUCUCCCACCUGUGAGAUUAUAAUAAAGAUUUAGGAGACAGUCGAUAAAGCCACAGUACAAUGCCUGGCACACAGCAAAUUCUCAAUACCUUCUACCUUUUGAUUGAUCAUCAUCACCUGUAUUAAAUACAAGUUAAAGAAGUCAAAUUUAGUGAAGAAAAUGCUGUGUUUCAAAGGUAAGAGUUUGGUGAAAUGUGCUCAACUCUAGGCUAACAAUCUGAGUUUUUUCAGGCUCUAUUAUCCUCAGGUUCAAUAUGGUCACGAAAGGUCAAUAAUGGUGUGAUGGAUAGAUUUUAUUAGUUUCAAUGAUGAAAUAAUAAUAGUAAUAACUAUCAGCUUUUAAAUACUACAAACUGCUUUCAAAUACAUUAUCUCCUAGGGACUUGAUGUGACUUAAUGUUUAUUCCAGACAGUAUCUAGCAGGCUAAUGGCUAUUUGAUUAUUUAGGCUUCAUUGGUGUGAUCUUUGUCACACAAUAGCCUUCAUGUCCUUUGUAUUAUGAAAUUUUCAAGUGUUACCCAUUGCUUCCAAGGCAAACUGAGCCAUUCCAUUCAAAUGUUUACAGUAAAUAGAACAGAAACUUGUGGAAUCGUCUUCCUCUCUCAUAAAUGAAGCAACAGCAAAGUGGUACAGCAUCUCAGCUGUUCCAAGUUCCUCAAAUAAGUUUUACUUUUGCAAAACGAACUAACUUCCUAUAUGUUGUGAGCUGCGUUAUGAGCAACAUGACCGGCAGCCACGUUUGCUGUAAUUUUUUAAAUAUGUGGAAAAAAAGCAAGAUAUCGACCAUGUAUUACCUUAACCAAGAUGCCAAAUUAUCUAACUUGUUUCUCCAGGCAAGCAGUCCAACGACAGGGACAGCUCCCAGGAGCCAGUCAAGGUUGUCUGUCUGUCCAUCCACUCAGGACAUCUGCAGGAUCUGUCACUGUGAGGGGGAUGAAGAGAGCCCCCUCAUCACACCCUGUCGUUGCACCGGCACCCUGCGCUUUGUCCACCAGUCCUGCCUCCACCAGUGGAUCAAGAGCUCAGACACGCGCUGCUGUGAGCUCUGCAAGUAUGAUUUCAUCAUGGAGACUAAGCUCAAACCCCUCCGGAAGUGGGAGAAACUACAGAUGACCACCAGCGAAAGGAGGAAAAUAUUCUGCUCUGUCACAUUCCACGUAAUCGCGAUCACCUGUGUGGUUUGGUCUUUGUAUGUAUUAAUAGAUCGGACAGCGGAAGAAAUCAAGCAAGGCAAUGAUAAUGGUGUUCUUGAAUGGCCAUUUUGGACAAAACUGGUUGUGGUGGCCAUUGGCUUCACGGGAGGUCUUGUCUUCAUGUACGUACAGUGUAAAGUCUACGUUCAGUUAUGGCGCAGGCUGAAGGCCUACAACCGUGUGAUCUUUGUGCAAAAUUGCCCAGACACUGCCAAAAAGCAGGAGAAGAAUUUCUCGUGUAACAUAAACACGGACAUCAAAGAUGCUGUGGUGGUGCCUGUAUCACAAACAGGUACAAAUUCACUGCCAUCUGCAGAGGGAGGCCCCCCUGAGGUCAUCCCGGUGUGACACAAACAGUUGGGAGUUUCUUCACUGAAGGGUAUCUUUCUAGCCCUUAGCCACUACAAAUGACAGAAGUGAUCCUGAAUUAUUCACUCCUUUAUCUUCUCCUUUCUCCUACUGACUCAUUCUUCCUUACUUUGCUCAAAAAAGGAAAGGACCAAAAGGCACCGAUGACCAGGAUCCCAUGAAGCAGUCCAAAGUGUGAUACAGAAAUGUGAAAAAUUUGCUAGAGGUGAUUUCUAAGACAAUUAAGAACCAAUGGAGCGAGGGAUGCUUUCAGGCAAUGACGAAAGACAACAUGGACACAUGCAUCUUCACGAUAGCAGGACAAAGUUUAAGAAUACAGACUUGAAUUGCAAUGUGUAUUUCUUCUAAGGCCUUGUAAUGUUAACUCUCUCAUCCAGAAAUAAGAAACAUACUUGGUUUUAAGCUUGAAAUUGUCUACGUUAUCCUUACGUCAUAUCAGAAGCAAACUUGGAGGAUGCAUAUUUUGAUAUUUAUACUUUGGACGGCUAACAGAUUUUUAUGGCUAUAGUGGAGUCCAGUUGUUUUAACAGAUGCAUGUUUUUAAAAUAGAUGCAAUACACAUUUGAAGAGAUCAAUACUUAGAAUUAUGUUUAAGUCAUGAGCAAAAGAUUUUCAGAGUUUUUUGGGUGUAAUUAGCACUGUUAAUACCUACAGAAGUUGAAAUCAACUAACAGGCUCUAUAUUUUAUCUCGUCCCUCUUAAGACAGUGUUGUCCAACAGAUAUAUAACGUGAGCCACAAACGCAGGACAUGUCAUAUGCAUACAUUUUAAACUUUCUAGCAGCCCCAUUAGAAAAGUAAAACUAAAUGAAAUGUUUAUAUUUAACACUAUAUAUCAUUUCAACAUGUCAUCAGUAUUAAAAGAGAUAUUUUACAUCUUUUUCUUACGAACCAAGUCUUCAAAAUCCAGUAUGUAUUUUGUCUUUACAACAUAUCUUCAUUUGAAUUAACUGUACUGGAUAGCACAGCCCUAAAAUUAGAGGCAGGACCUCUGCUUCAUCGAACAGUUGAAUAUUUAAAAACAGCUCAAUUCAUUCUUUUAUUCAGAGUCUCUCAAAUAUUACAGUUUUAUUAAGCACUUACAUUCAUCAAAUUAAACAUCCUGAGUUAGGUGAACUUACCAUUUCUCUAAAAGGUAAAAAAAAAAAAAAAAAAAAAAGGGAAGGAUGAAAUGAUCUGUGGCAAAGUUCUGAAAUUAGCUUGUUUGCUACUAUGAAGCACAGAUGAUAGGGAAACAGAAAUUAAAUAUUUUUCUUAGGUCAAAUGUGUAAGUUUUUUUUUUUUUUUAAUCCACAUGUGGUAUCAACUUGACAGAGGAGUAGUUAUGACUAAACAUUUAGACUCUGUUUGAAAAAGCUGACAGCAUUUCCCUGCUCAGCUGGGAAGUAAAGAUACUGAAUAGAUUUUGUGAUAAGUAAUAAACUGAGUUGUUGAGGUUUGAUGUGCAGCUGAUUAUCGUGCUCCUUGCAUAUUCAUGUAAAACUGAAGCGUGGAUGAUAGAUUCUGCAGUGAGCUAGAUUAAUGAUUAUAGAUGUAGUGACCUGUCAAAGAAAGAGGUUCUACAUUUUAAAAGGUGAUUUAUUUUUGUUAGCUGUCAUAUUUAUUAUUGUGAAAAGGCAACUGUGAUGGCCAUAAGGACCAAAGCAUGGGUAUCGCAUUGCACAAACCUGGGUAUCACAUCGAUGCACUUUGUAAUUAUCAGUGUGCUUGUUCUUCACGGAUUAUCAUAUAAGAAAGGAAAAGGAAAUAACCUUUUAAUGAGGAGAAAGAUAUGAAUAUUAGUAGUGGCUGACACUUAGUCCAAAUAGUCCCAAUUCCUAGAAAUAAAGAAAAGGUAAACAAUGUCGUGUGUGUGUGUGUGUGUGUGUGUGGUGUGUGUGUGUGAUUUCAUGUAUGUACAUGAGAAAAGUGGUAAGGUUUUUGGUCAGUCAGGAAAACAAAAGGUUUAAAACAUCUUUCUUAAAACUUGUUACGGAGGGUAUGGAAUAAAGGCACAGGGAAGACCCAGUUGAAGUUAACGAAAGUGUACCAAAAUUUCUGCACAAAUAAGGGCAAAAGUGGUGUAAUAAAAAAUUAAUGAACUUUAAACAGACUAAAAUUUGUAUUAACUUCCUCUUAAAUUUCUAUUUUAAAGUUUUAAGAUAAAUACUCAUGAAUAGAAGCUUUGGGUGAUUUAACCAUGGCAUAUCACCCAAUAGAUUAACCUUGAUUCAAUUUUUCUGUUAAUUGCCCUAAGCUUUUUACUAAUCCAUUUCUCCAGGAGUUUAGCAAUGGGAACAAGUUGUUUACAUAUAUUCCCUGGGGGGGUGGGGAAGGAAGUGGGAGGGAAUCUGUCACCCGCAAGCAAUGAAAUGUUAUCUCUUUUGUCUGCUCUGGAAGGAAAAUGAUUAUUUACUUUACCACCAAAAAUACUAUUUAAAUUCUGUACAGAUCUAAAGAUUGGUAAAUGCAUAGCUCAUUUCUCAAUGGGAGAGGACUGGCUAAUAGGCCUUGUUUAUUAAGGGUCACACCUAACACUAAGAAAAUAUUUCUAGAAUGAAAAGAUCAGCAUUACUGUCUUAACAAGAAAAUACGACAUAGUGUUUUAAGAUCAUACCUAAAUUCUCAAAAUUAACUUACAAAAGCCUUGACUUUCUUGUAAUGAGAAUAUAAUAAUACAUAUAGCUCCCUAGAGGGUGAACAGUCAGCUUUUUAUUCUGCUAUUACUCUUCUGAACUUCAUAUAUAAACCCUGAACUCCCGAAUUUAAAUCUUUUACAAAGUUUUCCUAUAAUGGCUGUUUAUAGUUCAAACAAUCUGAAAUAAUUACAUGCAUUCAAAACCUAAUGUUGAUUUCCUUUCAUAUUUUGUGUGGCAACUGCCCUUUCAGUGAAAGGACUUGGCUUUGUGACAAUACUGUUGUGGACUGGAUAUACCCUUCAAAAACUACUCUCCAGGCUGACAGUUUUUUUGAAGCAUGUUUUCCUGCUCAUGUAAAAAAAUGGAAUUGAAACAAAGGACUGAAAUUGAAGAAUGGCAACACAAUUCUGUUAAAAAUCUUGGCUUUUUAUAAUCAUGCAUUUGGUAGUAUCAAUACCAUAAACUACAGACAUUUACGCUGUUAAUUUUUAAAAGAACUCUCACUUUCAUUGUAUCAAAGAUUGAAUUGUAAAGCAAUGAAAUUCCAGUUAUUUUUUUAAAGAGUGAAGUCCAAAAGGCAAUUAAGCUUGAGAACAAACACAAGUAAAACAAAAAUGAAAAAAAUCCAAAAAUGAUCCCAUCAACCUGGGAUAUAGCAGUGGAGACACUGAAGAUAGGUGUAUAUUGAAGAAGUGUUUUAAAAUAUCCCCAGCUUGAAUCUCACUCUGAGCUGCUAUUACAUAUGAUUAUUGCCCCAGAGAUAGCCUCGUUUAUUUUGUUUUGCAAAAGGUCCCUGGGUACCCCUAAAACAUCUAUUGUUUGGCUGGAAAAUUAGCUCAUUAGAGCAAUGACAUCAUUAAGAGACUGUAAUUGCCAAGGGGGUGUGGUGGGGAAGAUUAUUCCAUUUGACUGACAGUUUACCUUUCCUUACCUUGCCAAUGAAUAUUUCGGAACAAAGUAGAGCUCUUUAAACUUAUUAUUCAUUAUUGUAGUUGUUAUAUAAUAAUUGUGAAAGACUUACACUUUAAUUAAGAAAGAUAAAAACCUUUUUUUUCUUAAGUCAGCCCAAAGGUGCUAUUUUACAUAUCAAUACAGCUGAAAGGAAGUGCUGUUAUUUUGGGCUGCAAUGUUUCCUCCAAAUCUGAAGCCCAUUUUGAAAUUGGAUAUCACAUUUAAAACAAACGAGGAAAAAUUAUUUUAACUGUGUGCAAUUUUUGAGAUUGAGCAUUUGUACUUUUUUGGUUUUACCUAAUUCUCUUGCAUUAACAACUUACUGUUUUGUGAAUAAUGUGUACUGAGAUGAAUUAAGGAAAAGAAAAUAAUUAUCUGUGAAAGAAAGACUUUGUAUAUUAAACAAGUGACCUAAA